AUGAGGCUACAUAUUCCCAAUUUGGCACCAAAAAGUACCCAUGCACGAAGAUUCCAAACAGAACCUGUACCGUUUCAAAUGUUACUCCCUCUAAAAUUAAAAAAGGAAGUAUCAGGUAAAAGUGACAAAACAAAAGAAGCAGCAUGUAUGCAAGAAAUGGCUGUACUAUUUGCUUGUUUUAAGAAAUCAGAAUUUGAUCAAAAGCAGUGCCUAAAGGAAGUAACAGCUUUCCAAACAUGUUAUAAUGAUUACAAUCAGAGAGCUAAGGUUCAAAGAGAAAUGGGAAAGAAAGGUAUUCUUAUUCCAGGCGAGAAGAAACUUACUCAUAGACAGUUAAAUCAACUCCUUAAGGGCUUUCCUCCAUUAUAA